UGCGGGUUUUAGUUUUCUCUGCGCUUUCGUUGCGACAAGUUGUUGCUUGCUCGCCCCGCCCGCCCCUCGCGCGUGUCAUUGAAUUAAAAUUUUGAUUUGUAAUUGGCAAGAAUUUGCAGCGCGCCUUUUUUGUUUUGUUUUUGUUGCUUUAUGCGUGUUGCUGUGUUUGGUGUAACGGUAAAUUGGUGUGAUCAUUAGUGUUGUAAAACGUUAGCAAUGGCGCAUCGCAAGGACGAUCCCGUUUUCAAUGUAAAAUUCGUGCAAUUGGUGGAGCAACAGCCUUGCCUAUGGAACUACACACAUCCGGGCUAUAGCAAGAAGGAGGAAGUGAUACGAGCCUGGCAAGAUGUCGCCAAUGAUAUGAAGGACACGGUGCGCAACUCUCGUGAGCGUUGGCGCACCAUACGCAGCAGCUUUCUGCGCUCCAUGAAGCUGGGACGCACACAGACAGGCCGUGGCAAGCGCAAAUAUUAUCUAUCCAAGUAUCUGCAAUUUUUGCUACCCUACACCAAGGCGCGUGCUCAUUUGUACAAGCAUCAGCAGCAGCAGCAACAGCAGCAACAGUCGCCCCAGCAACAGCCGCAGACGCUUUCUGCGCAAGCUCAGGCCUUGGCGCAACUGCAGGCCAAUCCGAUUGGUGGUGGUGGGAUGGUAUUACGCAAAUUGAGCAGUGCAACAUUUGUGCCCAUGAAUCGCAGCCUAGGUCAGUUGAGAGUCAUACAGCAGCAGCAGCAGACGCAUCAGCAACGACAGUCGCAGCAGCAGCAGCAGCCAAUACUUGAAGAUAUAUCCAGUGAUAGUCAAGACAGUGAAGAAAUGCAGCCAAAGCAGCUGCAAACUGAGUGUGUGUGCGUGGAUGCAGAAGCUCAGCAGCCGCCGCCACAGGCACCGCCGCCGCCACCACCGCAGCCGCCGCAGCAGCCACCACCGACGCAUCAACCGUCGAUACGUUGCCGACCCUUGGCUACAAUCAAAGCGGAGCAGCCGCAGCCGCUGCCCCAGCCACCACCACAGAUUACGCGUGAGCAGCAGCAACAGAUACAAUCAUGCAUAACGCUGCCUGCAUCCAUGAACUGGCAUGAUUUGGCCGAUUGGAUACGUCAGAACAACAACAAUGUGAGCACCAACAGCAUGUGCGCCACCUACACCCCAUGGAAUCCACCCACAAAUCAUCUAAUGCAGAAUCAAGUGUCCAGCACCACGCCCCCAUUGCCGCCGACACCAGCAUCAAUGCAAACCGAUGCCAACUUCUUAUUUUUGAUUAGCCUCCAUCCCUAUUUGAGCGAGAUGACUGGCAAACAAAAUCGUCGUUUUCGCCAAAAGGUUGUUCGGCUUAUUGACGACAUACUCGACAAUGUCGAUUCCACUACACGGGAUUAAAUGCAGAUGAAGCAAACAAAACAUGUAAAUAGCUACUAACUAAAUAAUUUCUUGGUGUAUUCUGUUCCGUUAAUCUACGCAUGGCAAAAAAAUACAAAAAAAAAUAAA